GUAGCGGGAAAACCAAUCCCACGGCCACGGCCGUCAGCCAUUGGCCAUCACUCCCCGCCGUUUUCACCCUCGACCCCUUCUUUCUCACGAAACAUGUUAUCCACAGACGGGUUUAGAGGCCCCCUCCCUAUCCUUCUCUCUGUCUAACUAGAUGGUACCCGUCAAUUCACUUCUAUAGUAGCUACAGCUAUGGCGGCAGCGAGCGUUUGGGUUCGACCCACCUCCAGUUUUCGACCAUCCUUCCCAACGUCAAAAUACAUUGAUUGGGUUAGUAAAAGCUAUAAUUUAGUUCGUGUCAAUGCUGUUGGUGCCACAAAUUCUCAUGCAUUUGAUGAGUUUUCACUCCAUAUGGAACAAGCUAAAUCAAAGAGCAUUCAGCUGAUGAAUUUCAUGGAACAACGUGGAAUUCGUGCCAACUAUCAGACCUAUCUUUGGCUGCUAGAUGGGUGCUUGAAUUUUGGGUCCUUGCUUGAAACUUCGAGGCUCCAUUGCAGGAUUUUGAAGUCGGGUUUUGCUGUUGAACCUUUAUUAAUCGAUAGUCUUCUUGAUAAUUAUCUUCGUCAUGGGGAUCUAAAUGGCGCGCAGAAGGUGUUUGAUGAUAAUCCCAACAGAACUGUUUUCUCUUGGAAUAAAAUGAUUCAUGGCUUGGUUGCGCAGAAGUUGAAUUCCCAGUUGUUUGGUCUCUUCCGACGAAUGUUAGCUGAAAAGAUUACUCCCAAUGAAAAUACUUUUGCUGGGAUUUUGAAGGCAUGUGUUGGUUGCAACAUUGCGUUCAACUAUGUAGAACAGGUACAUUCUAGGAUAAUCUAUUAUGGUUUUGAUAGUAAUUCACUUGUUGCUAAUCUUUUGAUUGAUUUGUAUUCUAAGAAUGGGUUCAUAGAAUCAGCUAAAAAAGUAUUCAAUGACAUAUAUUCGAAGGAUAUUGUUACUUGGGUAGCUAUGAUCUCAGGUUUAUCUCAAAAUGGGCUUGAAGAAGAGGCCAUUCUCCUUUUCUGUGAUAUGCAUGCAUCAGAAAUCUUUCCCACUCCUUAUGUAUUGUCAAGUGUGUUAAGUGCUUCUACCAAAAAAAAGUUAUUUAAAUUGGGAGAGCAGCUUCACUGUCUAGUUAUUAAGUGGGGAUUUCAUUCUGAAACAUAUGUAUGCAAUGCUCUUGUGGCAUUGUACUCCCGGUCUGGGAAAUUGAUAUCUGCCGAGCGGAUAUUCAGCACGAUGCAAUUUAGGGAUGGCGUUUCGUAUAAUUCACUUAUAUCUGGCAUAGUUCAGCAAGGAUUUAGUGAUAAGGCAUUGGAGUUGUUUAACAAAAUGCAACGAGAUUGCUUGAAACUAGACUGUAUUACGGUUGCUAGUCUGUUGAGUGCUUGUGCAUCAAUUGGGGCUCUUCAUAAGGGAAUGCAGCUACAUUCAUAUGCAAUAAAAGCUGGAAUGUCUGCAGAUAUUAUUCUUGAAGGUUCUCUUCUUGAUCUUUAUUCGAAGUGCGCCGAUGUGGAGACUGCACGUAAAUUUUUCCUUACUACAGAGACAGAAAAUAUAGUGUUGUGGAAUGUGAUGCUAGUUGCUUAUGGACAAUUGGAUAAUCUUAGUGAUUCAUUCAAAAUAUUUAGACAAAUGCAGAUUGAAGGUAUGAUACCCAAUCAGUUCACCUACCCAAGUAUUUUGAAAACUUGUACAUCCUUGGGAGCCUUGGAUUUAGGAGAGCAAAUUCAUACCCUUGUUAUAAAGACAGGGUUUUGGUUGAAUGCCUAUGUUUGUAGUGUGCUCAUAGAUAUGUAUGCCAAACAUGGAAAAUUAGAACUCGCCCAUGGGAUCCUAAGACGACUACCAGAGGACGAUGUCGUCUCCUGGACAGCUAUGAUUGCUGGUUAUGUGCAGCAUGAUAUGUUUUCUGAAGCACUUCAACUUUUUAAUGAAAUGGAGUAUCUUGGAAUAGUAUCCGACAAUAUUGGAUUUUCUAGUGCUAUUAGCGCUUGUGCGGGUAUCCGGGCACUCCAUCAAGGCCAACAAAUUCACGCUCAGGCAUAUGUGUCGGGAUUUGGAGACGAUCUUUCAAUUAACAAUGCUCUGAUUAGUCUGUAUGCCAGAUGUGGUAGAAUUCAGGAAGCAUGCUUAGCAUUUGAAAAAAUGGAUGAUAAAAACAAUAUCUCUUGGAAUUCAUUGGUUUCAGGAUUUGAACAGAGUGGAUACUUUGAAGAAGCUUUGCAGGUAUUUGUUCAAAUGUUAAGGAGUGAAGUAGAAGUCAAUCUGUUCACGUAUGGGUCUGCAAUUAGCGCUGCAGCCAGUCUUGCAAACAUAAAACAAGGGCAACAAAUCCAUGCCAUGAUUUUGAAAACGGCAUACGAUUCUGAAAUGGAAGCUUCUAAUUCGUUGAUAACAUUUUAUGCGAAAUGUGGCAGCAUAGAUGAUGCGUGGAGAGAAUUUAACGACAUGUCCGAAAAAAAUGUGAUUUCUUGGAAUGCCAUGAUUACUGGCUAUUCCCAGCAUGGUUUCGGUAUGGAAACACUUCGUCUUUUUGAAGAGAUGAAGAACUGUGGGGUCGUGCCAAACCAUGUUACUUUCGUGGGAGUUUUGUCGUCGUGUAGCCAUGUCGGUCUUGUGAAUGAAGGUCUUGAUUACUUCGAAUCCAUGUCGAAAGUGCAUGGUUUAGUUCCCAAAUCUGAACAUUAUGUGUGUAUAGUGGAUCUCCUAGGUCGGGCCGGUCUUUUGAACCGUGCAAUCGACUUCAUAGAAGCGAUGCCCAUCCCUGCAGAUGCAAUGAUAUGGAGAACUCUUUUAAGUGCUUGUGUCAUCCACAAGAAUAUGGAAAUAGGAGAGCGUGCUGCACGCCAUCUCCUAGAAUUGGAACCUGAAGACUCAGCAACCUAUGUCCUACUGUCAAAUAUUUAUGCAGUGUCUAGAAAAUGGAUUCGUAGGGAUUGGUCAAGGAAAUUGAUGAAGGACAGGGGAGUAAAGAAAGAGCCUGGUCGUAGUUGGAUCGAAGUUAAGAACGCAGUUCAUGCGUUCUUUGCUGGGGAUAAGCUCCAUCCGCUUACGAAUCAGAUUUACGAGUAUAUAAAACAUCUGAAUAGACGAACAUCCAAACUUGGAUACGUGCAAGAUAGCUUUAGCCUUUUGAAUGAUUCAGAGGAAGGCAAGAAGGAUCCAACCAUGAAUGUUCACAGUGAGAAAUUAGCAAUUGCUUUUGGACUACUGAACUUGGGCAAUAAUAUUCCCAUACGGGUAAUGAAGAACCUCCGCGUUUGUAAUGAUUGCCAUAAUUGGAUUAAAUACGUUUCAAAGGUUUCAAACCGAUUGAUCAUAGUGAGGGAUGCCCAUCGCUUCCAUCAUUUUGAUGGUGGUGUCUGCUCAUGUAGAGAUUUUUGGUAACUCCUUCGGCUCUCAAACUUAUUGAUGUCAACAAAUAGCACAUAUUUGUGUAUAACCAUGGGCAUACCUUCGAAGAAUCGUCUCGGUUUUUGUCCCGAGACGCUCGCCUUCAGAAAUUGAUCAGAAAAGGCUGAGACGUUCAGGAUUUAGUUGAAUGAAGAACUGGAUCCUGUCAUACAAGUUUGGACGGGAAAAUCUUAUGGCAGAUGAUAAUUUGCUUCUAUAGAAGGAGUUGAAAUCUUCUGAUUCUGGAUCGGCAAAAUGGGUCACAAAUAUAGGUCUCAGCAACUCAAUUGCUCCAAUUGAAGUCGGGAAUUCUUAACCAAAUGAACUGGAUCAAGAUGACCAUACUGUUCUCCAUUGAGGUAAACAUUGAUUCACUCGAAUAAUACGAAGUUCAUUAGAUCAAUGCUUCAUGUUUUCAGUGAUGAAGAGGAAUCAUUAUCUCCAAUUUUUUAGGCCAUUCUCUAGGUGGUUGGACAAUGUUUACUGAUCAUUAACCAUAGUAUGAUGCAAAACUCCUGCAUAAAUUGGUUUGUUGGUUCGGUUUCGCAGGAUUCGAGCUAGACCAUCUUGACAUAAUUCAACUAGUUAAAUUAUAUAUCCUCCACCUUAAAGUCAAAAGUUCACUUUUUUUGAUUGUAGAGGUCGACGAGGGUGUGGUAUUGAACCACCCCUCUCCUAUAUUCAAGUAUUAAUUGAGUCGAUAACAAGCGACUGAGGUAAUAGUUGCGUGUUUAGAAUGUGCCUUUCCAUCUACUGACUCAUUGUACUUAUAGGGUGGGUUCAUAAAUUAUGGUCGUAAUAAAGUGUUAUAAUCUUGUUGUGAUUCUCGUGGUGUGUUAAGUAUAAGGAGGGAUUGCAAGGAUGAAUUACUACUUGGUCAAACCAUUUUUCAAAUAGAUAUUGGUUGAUCGUGGUCAAAGCUCAAACUAAAGCCUUCUU